GAAAAAGAAAAAAAAAAAAAAAACACCCCUCCCACGCCCCUUGGCCACCCAGGGCGUGGACGCCCUGGGCCAGGCGCUGACCAAGGCGUGUCGGGCGCGCGGGGGCCGCGGGUACACAAUGGGGGUCACGGUGGAGGUGCGCCAGGUGUACAAGUACCCCUUCGAGCAGGUGGUCGCCAGCUUCCUCCGAAAGUAUCCCAACCCCAUGGAUAAAAAUGUCAUCUCUGUCAAAACCGUGGAGGAAAAAAGCGAUGCAUCAACAGGGAUCAUCUAUAGAAAGAGGAUUGCAAUUUGUCAGAAUGUGGUUCCAGAAAUUUUAAGGAAGGUGAGCCUCUUAAAGGUGCCCAAUAUUCAGUUAGAAGAGGAAUCAUGGCUCAAUCCUCAGGAAAGAAGCAUGGCUAUACAGAGUCACUGCCUUACAUGGACACAAUAUGCAUCUAUGAAGGAAGAAUCUGUCUUCAGGGAAAGUGUGGAAAAUCCAAAUUGGACUGAUUUCAUUCAAAGAGGCAAAAUUUCAAUCACAGGGGCUGGCUUUCUCAACUGCAUCUUGGAAACCUUUGCCAGCACAUUCUUAAGACAGGGAGCCCAGAAGGGAAUUAGAAUAAUGGAGAUGCUGCUCAAGGAACAGUGUGGUGCCCCUUUUGUGGAAUAAAGAGUCAUUAGGAAGCUAUGGUAUGUCAACUUUUGCUGAAGAAUCACUUCCUGGCCACACAUAUUAUAGACACAGCUUUCAAAAUUCAGGAUUAAGGAUGUGGCAUCAGCAGCUUAACAAAAAAGGAGAAACUUUCUACCAGGACAUGAAAUGAUAGGCUACCUUGGGACCCUGCCUCAACUAGCAGUACUCAUGAAGAUGAAAGCUUUUGGCUAGACUUUCAUGAUUUAGUCUUUCUAAAGUUCUGCCAAUACAGGAAACAGAGAGAGAGAGAAUGUGAUGUUCACCAUUCUUCAGUCUAUUCUGCUGACUGCCUAGUGGCAGUGUCAGGACACCUAGGACAGAUGUGGGCCCAAGUAUUUGUGUCUUUAAUUGUCAGCAUUGUUUCACAUAGGGUUCAUGAAAGGAUUCUGUAUCAAAAGAUACAAAAGUUGAACCUGAAACCUGAUUCAUUGGUGACCGGGAACAGACUGGAAUAUACCAGACCUUUGCUGAAGCUAAGCCAUACUUAUCGUGAUAUUUAAGAUUCUCAAAAAUCAAAAGCAUUUGGUUUCUAUCCAAAAGUACUGCAUAACUACUACCAUCAAUAUAGUUUUGAUAUGGCAACAUGUGAACUGUGAUUUGGCUCUUUGAAAAAACAUGGAGUGGAGAGUGAGAAUACAGGUUAUGAUCAUGGUUCCUAUUACUUGCUCUGUGAUGUGAAGCAGGUCAUAAAUCUCUAUGCUUAUUAUUGGGUCGAUAGGGAUAACUAAAAACAACCAUCUCUUUCCUGGGAUGUGAUGAUUAGAACAGGUAAGUUUAGUGGGAAAUAAUUGGUUUGGGAGCCAGGUAGAUCUGGAUUUGAACCCAAGUACUAAAACCUGCCAGCUCAGUGAUCAUAUAUAUGUUUUACAGCUUUCGGAGAUGUACCUUUUAAAUUUGUAAAAUGGGAGAUAAAAUGAUUAACUUUAACUUUGUGAGGCUGUUGAACUGAUUUGAGAUCUGCCAUGUGAUCUGGUGCAUAGUAGAAGUCCAAUAAAUAGGAAUCAUUAUUAUGUGAAAUCAUUUUGAAAAUGUGCUUUUCAGAUAUAAUGGUGGGUAGUCUUACUAUUUGAAAAUUAGAUGGCAUUAGUUUGCAUUACUCAUGAUCAGAAGUCAAAAUAUGAAUGCACAUUACCUAAUGGAACACUCUAAGAGAGGCAAUAAUUUAGAAUUCAUCUUAAGAUAAAAAUUGGGCCAUUACUAGGAUGUCUUAGGAAAACUGUUUAUAUAUAUAUAUAUAUAUUCUUGCUUAGUCCAUUGGUAAUUUUCAAUGUGAUUUCAUAUAUAUAUCUAUAUAUGUCUGCCACUGUGAGCCUUUAUUGUUUUUGAGCUAUUUAUGCAGCCUAAGUUUUAUCUCAUAGGAUAGCUUUCCUUCAUUUCCUUAGUGUUUCAUUCUUCAGUUGUGUUGAAGGAAAAAUGAAGUAUAGAAACUAGAACACACUUUUCUAGUUUGUAAGUAGCUUUUGGUAGAUUUUUAAAAGUAAUAACCUAUUAAAAAAUAAAAGAUGAUUGAAUUAUCAAGAAAAUCAUAUGUGAAGACUGACAUUGGGAGAUUAUACUCAAUAACAGCUUGCACUUUUCAGAAGGCAGGAGUUCUCACUCUUGGCCCAACAGGGCUACCUGGUAAGCUUUAUGCAAGUCUGAUCCUCAGGUUUCAUCAGACUAAUAAAUCAAAAUUUCUCGGAGCAGAACCCAGGCAUCAGUAUUUUUAAUAACUCUCCUUAUAGCUAAGGAUGAAAAUCUAUAAUGAACUCAAGGUGAUUUGAAGACAUGUGACUUCUUUCUUUAGUACUAAGAAUUUUCAUUACAAAUAGGAAAUGAAGCACAGAGAAGCUGAAUUUUUGCCUUAAAUCUUUGAAGUUUGGUGGCCUAUGAAAAUGCCUAUAAAGAAUCUGGCAGAUGAUGUGGCAGCCAGUACCCACUGGGCAAACUGUGGGAGACAUACCUGGUGAGAGGCAGGCAGUAUACGUAACUGCAGCAUAGUGUUGCAGUUUAUUUUUCAAGUUCUUCCAAUUUGCAAUUUUCAGGAAAAGAAUUUUUUUAAAUCGUGUGUGUGUGUGUGUGUGUGUGUGUGUGUGUGUUGGCAGUGAAUUCAGAAUUGUUUAAGACAUUAUGCUGGCCAAGCAAAACAUGUUUGUCAAGUUAAGUGUUAAGGAUCAGCCUAAACAUUUCAACCAAUUUUUUUUAAAAAUAUAUUUGCAUUCUGGUUAUCAGUCGUAUUCUGCCACUUCUCCAACUGCUUUUAGGGGUUCCUUAUCCUUUUUGUUUUUGUUGUUUUUGCCAAGUCUUCACUGCUCUUGGCUAAUUCUUUCAGAUAAAAAGGAAAACAGAUAUGGAAGCUUCCCCCAGUUCUGGUGGGAAAUGGGAGGAGGGGGUCGGACAAGGGGAAGAGACUCAAAGGUGGGUUGUAUGCAUGGCAAGGUAGCAGGUUUCUUCUCAGGCGAGCUAUCAUUGCCCCCUCCCCAUUUUCAAAUCAAAUGCUUUUUGUUAAUUGUUUAAAAUUUCCCCAGUGAGUAUUCAUUUCUUCUAGCUUCACCUAUAUGACUAAAAAUGCUUAUGCUGUUUUAAAAAUUAGCUAGGACUUGUUAGAGUUUAGGUUUUUUUGUCAGAGUCCUUUUUCUUUGAGAAACUAACAUAGAACUUAAUUUUGUUGUAAUCUAGUAUUGAGAAGUGUCAAGCCUUAACAAGCUGAGGAAGGGCUAGUUCACAGCCCUGGCCACUCUUCGCCUGACUAGAGUAUUUAGUUUGCAUUUCAACUAGUGAUCAGUUAUUAGAUAUUACACUAGAAAUCCUUGGGUAACUGUGCUGAGUUACAUACAGAUUCUCUGAUCCCUCGUUCAGUUUCUGAUUUAUGAAAUCUCACUUGGGACUUGGAGAUCAACAUUUUUAAAACACAUUCACCAGGAGAUUCAGUUAUGCUGUUCCACAGACCACAUUUUGGGAAAUACAGAUAUAUGGGAGGUGAUUCUGGACUCUGUGUCUCUUACUCUUAUGAUUUUAGAAGGUUUUGCAGUUAGUUGCACCCAUUAAUCGAUACUGUGAUUACUCAAAACACAGUAUAAAAUUUUGUGCAGCAGAAAAUUGACUAAGCUGUGCUUCCAUGAUUUAGGUGCUUUUAUCAGGAUGGAGCUUUUAAGAUUUUAAUCAUGUGUGGACAAAAAAAGGUGCUGUAUUCUUUUUAUGAUAAUGCUUCUUAUAUUUCAUCAGCAGUGUAUAUAUAGUAAUGUCUUAUUUACCAAGAAUUGUGGGUUUUGUGUUACAGACAACCGUUAUUCUUUUAAACCUAAUACGUUCUUACUUUAUUCCAAUCAUUUACAUGGAUCAUUUAACCGAGUACACAUCUCUCUGCAUUUACAAACAGAAUCUACUAGAGAUAAUGCUAUUGUUUCAGAAGUCAUUGUCUAUGUUUUCUUUCAGGUCCUAUUUAGGUUUGUUGAAAUUCAUAUAUGGAAUCAUUGCAAAUGACUGCAUCAACUCAUUUUGAGUUCCAUGGUAGUUUUUCUAUUCCUUUGCAGUUAUCUGUCAUUUCUUUCUUUCAGCCUCUAGAAUCCCUCCUCUCAUUUGCUGUAUGGGAUUGAAAAGUCAUGUCACAACCAAUUUUAUGUCAGUGAAUAGUAAAUAGGACCUGAGUGAGGCUUUGAGAGACUUUUCUAGUGUUUUCAUAUGUGUAAUUCUAAAAUGUGAAAUUUAAGUACAUUAAAGUUCAAAUGAACAUAUCUCAGGCCAAAAUUUUGAGCAGGAUAAACUGUUUUUGAUUCAGUGUUAUUGUGAGUGAAACCUAAAAAUUGUGUACCUGUGAAAUCCUUUCUUGUAGUCAUUUUUGAAAUAAAGGUGUUACA